AUGAAGCGAUUUUUUUCGCGCAAAAAAUUGCGAAAAUCGAAAUCCGAUGUGACUGGCGAGAAAACCGCAAUUGCUUCCGAAGUUUCACCAAAAGAUCUACCAAAUGGAGAUGUUACUACCGAAGUUACUCCAGCUCCAAUUCCAAUUUCAAAAUCAACAAAUAUUGUAAAGUAUGUUGUAACAGUUGAUUGAUUCAAGAGAAACCUCUUUUUUUUCAGCAAUGUUUCAAGUUCUUAUGGCGACGAUUACGAAGCAGUUUGUAGUUCAAUAGGUGAAGAAACCAGAAAAAACUUUGAUGCUCAAUUAGACAAACAUAUGAUGCAAACAAUAACCGAUGUUAAAUAUAUGAUUAAAAAAUCGAAAUACACUGCUCUCAGCGAAGUAAAUUUUCAACGUGCCUGUUUAGAUGCUCACAACGAAUGUAGACAACGAUACGGUAAUGAUAAUUUAUGUUGGUCGACGGAAUUGGCAGAAAUGGCGCAUGCUUGGGCGGUGAAAUUGGCCGAACGGGGACGAGUUUUGUAUCCAGAAUUACCGGGAAUUGGAGAGAAUUUGAUUUUGAAAGAGGCAAACGAGCAAUCACAUUUACCAACGGGUCAAGAAGUCAUUGAUGAGUGGGAAAAAGAAGCGCAGUUUUUUGACUUCGAUAAACCAAAGUGGAAUCCAAGUGAGUACGGGAAAUUAUUUUUCAUUGAGUUAAAGACAAAAACCAGGGAAACUUCAAACCCCUUUUGUAAAAAAUGAUUUUUUUUCAAUUUUCUUUUUUUUUAAUCCCGAAGGUUUAACGGUGUCAGAGUCCAAUUCAGUUCACAUUGAAAAUUCAAAUUUUACAGAAUGUCAACGAUUCUCUCAAGUUGUUUGGAAAGACACAUCAGAACUCGGAGCCGCUCGAUAUUGGAAUACAGCCAACAACUGCGUGGCAAUCGUCUGUUUUUAUCGUCCCAGCGGAAAUUCCAACGCUCCCGGCGAAUUCGCCUCAAAUGUUCCAUCACGUGAUUGUUCAAUGUCGCCGAUUCGUAACUUGGGUCAACAACUCAAACGACACGUAACAAUUUCGACACCCGAACGCGCCGUUUUUUCGAAAUAG